AUGGCGCACAAGCACAAUCGCAGACGGUUUCGUCCCCGCAAUCGCAACCACAGCACUUUGAAUCCGACCUUCGACAUACCAGACGAUCUAUCAACUCUAUACGAGUCGUCCAUUUUCCCUUCAGCCUCGCCCUCCCGUACCGGCUCCAGACAGCCUCCAUUGCCGGCAACAUUACGAGACCCCAACGCCAAUGUCACUUCAAAGCACUGGUAUAACAGAUAUACAGCCUGGCAGAACCGAGAAAAGGCUCAAAAGCGAGAGGCUGCCACGAUCGAGGCUGAACAGAUCCAGUUGUUUGGUGGUGAGCCAGGAGACGACGUUGAUCUUUGCUAUAAGAUGAUGGAGGUGUUCGAGGGCAUGAAUUGGAUUGAUACCCUUGAGUAG